AUGGGGGUUCCCAGGGGCCAAAUCCUGCUGGAGACUGAGGCCACCAACACUGGAGAAAACAUCCGCUUGUCCUAUAGGGUCCUCAGGGACAACCACAUCCCAGCCAGCAGGGUGAUCCUGGUCCAGCAGCCCUUCAUGGAACGAAGAGUCCUUGCCACCUUCCUGCACCAGUGGCCUGAACAGGGACAACAGACACAUGCUAUCGUCACCUCCCCUCAGAUGGGCCUGUCUGAGUACCCCCACCCCACCGUGGGCACAGCGUCCAAUCUCAUCACCUACAUGCUAGGUGCUCUGGAGAGGAUACGUGACUAUCCUCAGAAAGGCUUCCAGGUGGAGCAGGUGGUCACACCCUGCGCUCUCUCUGCCUAUCACUGGUUCUUGCAGGCUGGCUACAACCCCAAGUAACCCCAAGUAAAACAGAGAUA